ACUCAGUUGGAGAAAUCUCUUCUUUUCGAAUUCAUUCAACGCAACGUUUGAAAUAAAAAGAAAUAAACUAAAAUAUAAAAAAACCAAUUUUAAAAGCAUUAAUAAAAGAAUGUGAAAACAGAGAAUUUAUAACCGAAAUAAAGUCAAUAAAGUUAUCAACUUAAUACUUACGGUGCUGUAUGCUAUCGAAAAGUUAAUAUUCGAAUCGGUAGCCGAACAUAAACAACGCGAUCUGCAUAAUCAGAAAUCGAAUUAAGACAUAAAUCUCAAUUUCUUCGUCUUUUACUUCUUUUCGAUUUUCAUUUAUAUUUAUUCCGGUUCGCUAAGCGCGUUCAGAAUUGUGCGUGUGUUUCGUUAUACAUUUGUGUUGAAAUUGCAUCAAAUCCAUUUCACUGAUCAAAAAAUCAAUGGUGAAAUUGAUUGUUGAACCACACGAACGCAUCAUAAAUCAUUGAUUCCAAUCAGAAAGUGGCGAGGCACAAUAUCUUCACGAAAAAAAGCAAAAAUUAUUUCAUCUCGGCUACUCUGUUUUUUUUUUUUUUGACAAUUCAAUUGGUUUUCUAUUUUGCCAUCGUUUCUUUCGAUCAACGUGCGCUAGCUUCAAAAUCAGUUCAUGUGUGCAAAAAAGUGUAUCAAGAUUACUAGUUGAAAGAGAAAACAACCAUAUAUGCGUUUCAAUUGCUGAUUAAAGAAAUUGGAGCGUUUGCUAUGUGCAUUGCGUAUGUGUGACAUAAAUAGUGUUGCAAAGCAGAAGAAAAAAAACCAGCAAAGUAACCCAUAAUAAAAAAUUUCUUCUCAUUUCGCUGGCGAAACGAAUGCGAAAAAUAAGGCAAAAAAGAAGUAAAACCAGCCCACGGACAGCGAUAGAGAGUGAGAAAGAAAUGAGCCCAUGCAAGGAAAUCACUAAAUGUACAGAAGAAUAAGAAACAUAAGAACAGCUCAACAGCAGCGACAGCAACAACACCGCCACCAUCAACAGCAGCAAGUAACAACAAUAAAAAAGUGAAAUUUUCACAUUUGUCUGUUAUUAGCUGCCAAAACAGUAAAUUACCGUAAUAAAGAUUGAACAUCGACACAAAGCUCGGAAGAGAGAAAGAGAGAAACAUCGGCUGAGACAAUAAUCGUAAUACCGCACCGUUACCCUUGCCAUGCGUAUAAAAAUAAUCGAAAAUUUGUUACUCGCAGCGUUGAUUUUUGUUUCGUAAUUACAACAUUUUUCUAUCUGCAUUUUGUUCCUCGUUUGGUUUUUCAUUUGAUUCGGUUUAUAGUACGUUAAUUGCAAACCGAACAGAAUACAGAGCAAUCGAGAUUGACUAAAAAGCGAGAGAGAAAACAACUUUAUUGCUAUUACGCGAAAUCAAAAGCCCUGCAAAAAACAUUAAACAACUAACAAAAGAAAUUCAUUGGCACGGAAGAGUGAGUGAAUGAGUGACAAAAACAAACACAUUGUCGAAUUAAAAUAAAUUAUAACAAAGGCGAAAAAAACCGUAUAGACAAGCGCUUCAACCGAAUAGUAGCUGUAUACAUUCAGUAGACGACAGCAACAACAAUAAUAAUUCAUCCCGUACACGCAAUCUGCCAUUCAUUUAUUAAUUCACCGCACUUUUUGACGACAAAGAAGCUGAAAUUACGCAAAUAAAAUGUUACAAGUGCAAUUGCACUUUGAUAAUGACCGCGAGGCUCGUCGCGAGCGUGAGGUGCGUUUGACGGGUAGCAAAUUGGAUUUGAAAUUUUGCGGAGCUCCACGUGCCACUGCCGCCACCACAACACUCAAUUCAGUUCGGACCAUCGAUUCACAUGGAAAUGCUGUGUCGACACUAUCGUCGCCACAGAGCAGUAGCAGCAACAACAAUGUAUCACCGACACACGAUGAAAGCGAAAAGUUUACACCAUUGACGCCAUCCGAGGCAAUGCGCUUGCAUGGCAGUCGUCUCACAGAUUAUGAACGCCAGGAAAUUGACAAAUAUCCCGAAAUCUGGUUUCUUGGACUAGAUGCGUGCAAGAUAAACGCUAAGCCGGGCACCGCAUUGAAUUCAGGAUAUGAUGAUGACAAUGGCAGCUAUAAUAAGAUAAUUCACGAUCACAUAUCGUACCGUUAUGAGAUCCUUGAGGUGAUCGGCAAAGGCAGUUUCGGCCAAGUAGUUAGAGCAUUAGAUUACAAAACAAACAAACCUGUAGCGAUUAAAAUCAUUCGAAAUAAGAAGCGCUUCCAUCAUCAGGCAUUGGUUGAGGUUCGAAUUUUGGACGAACUGAGGAAAAAGGAUCCGAACAAUGAACACAAUGUGAUUCACAUGUUAGACUAUUUCUAUUUCCGCAAUCAUUUGUGUAUCAGCUUCGAAUUGAUGAGCUACAAUCUGUAUGAGUUAAUAAAAAAGAACAACUACCAGGGUUUUAGUUUGAGUCUAAUCAGACGUUUUUGCAAUUCAAUUAUCAAAUGCCUACGUUUGCUCUAUCAAGAGAACAUAAUUCAUUGUGAUUUAAAGCCGGAGAAUGUUCUGCUCAAACAGCGCGGCAGUAGUUCGAUUAAGGUAAUUGACUUCGGCAGUUCAUGUUAUUCGCAUCGAAAAGUGUAUACGUACAUCCAAUCGAGAUUUUAUCGAUCGCCCGAAGUUAUUUUGGGUUUGUCGUAUGGCACACCGAUUGACAUGUGGAGCUUAGGUUGUAUUUUAGCUGAGCUUUAUACGGGCUAUCCAAUCUUUCCGGGCGAAAAUGAAGUUGAGCAGCUGGCUUGCAUAAUGGAAGUGUUGAAUGUACCGCCGGAGGAUGUAUUAAGCCAAGCAAGUCGACGUCGUCUAUUUUUCGAUUCACGCGGUAAUCCACGUUGUAUUACAAAUUCUAAAAAUCGUAAACGAAAACCAGGCACUAAGCCAUUGGCACAAGUAUUACGUUGCAAUGAUCCGUUGUUCGUUGAUUUUGUCAGCAAAUGUUUAGAAUGGGAUCCCAAAAAACGAAUGACACCAGAAGAAGCUGUCUACCACGAAUGGCUCCAGCCAAGCACAAAUUCGUCUUACAAUCAUAAUAAAGUAGACAAAGAAUCGAAACUAUAUAAAGAGUGCAACGAUAAUGGUUCGCAACAGUCACAUCAACAAUCGUCACAAAUACAGUCAUUGCCAGUCUCAUUGAAAACGCAAAAGUACUUUACACCGCCAUCGAUUGUCACCUCAAGACAACUACAUCAAACACAACAAAUCAUUUUGCCCGAAGUGAAAUCAAAUUAUAAAUUGUAUAAGGACCGAACCAAAGGUUUAACAGCUUCAACUACCGACAUUGACAGUGUAGCAAAUGCGGUGGCACAAGCAAAUGUAAGCAGUUCACAGCAUGAUAUUCAACAGCCAUACUCAUUGCAUCGUUUGUAUGCAGCUAGAAAACUAUCAACCGCCAGUAAUUUAAAGUUUGCCAAUAAUGAUUCGAGUGGCAUGAUGCAUUCACAGUCAACGGGAGACGUGGCAUCUAUGUUUGGACGAGCUUGACAUGAUUGAACAUAAUCGUCUAACACAGCAGCAGCAAUACUCUCACAAUAGCAACCAAUUCGAAAACAUGCACACACACACUCGUCGACCAAACCCCCAAUUCCAAUAACAAUAAUAAACAGUAUUAUGGCAGCAGGGUGAUGGGAUACACGAAAUGAUGGUCGGGCAAUGCGAACACCAAUGAACAACCAUUAUCAUUUAAAUGUCACUUUAGUUCAAAUUUCCAACGGAAACUGAAAUAUCCCCAUCGUUGCAUCGCAUCCAAUUCAACCGAACAUCAUCAUUAUCAUCAUAAUAAUAAAAUAAUCGUAUUACAUAGUUUGAUGCUCCUGAUUGGAUGGCAUUCAAUGUAAAAGUUCAAUUUAAUUUCCAACACAUACACUCACAUCAUCCUUCAGCUUCAUUCGACAUUUUAACGUAUCAUUCUCCUUAUUCCAUGUGGCUUAUAUAACAUAAAAUGCAAAAAAAAAAACAACAAAAAUUCAAAAGUUUUGCGCGCUUAGUUCGUAAAACUUCUGACCGCUUUUUUUCCCUUCGGUUGAUGUUGUUAGAUAUAAUAUCUAAGAUAUUAGAUGGAGUGGAGCAAAACGACACGAAAAUUAAACAAGUGAAAUUAAUUUCUAAACUAAUUGUAAUCGUAACAUGUAAAAGUUUGCCAAAAAAAUGAGAAACAUGAAACAAGACACAUUUUAAUAUAUUCGUAUAUGUGGAUGUUGUAAUCGCUUUAACUAAAUCACUCAAACUCUCAUCACACUCGCAUUAAAACAAACAAAUAACAACACCAACAACAAUAAUUGGCAAAAGAAGUGAAGGCAUUUGACACAAUCAAUGUCAUUUAAACCUAGUCAAAGUCGUUCGCUAUUUAGGCAAUAUGCGUCUGUCUGAUUAGAAUUUGUUUUCCUUUGUCAAACAUAACAACAAAAACAUUUCUUUUUUCGCCUAUUUCAAAUACCGAAUCAAAAUCAAUGUCAUCCAAUCAAAACAUUAUUUUAUAUAUUUACAGAUAUUCUCUUCAUUGACAUGUAUAAAAGAAAAUUGGCGUGAAAAUUGUGCGUACUGCCAAACAAAAAAAAAAACACACGAAAUUCGGACCAUAUUUACGAUCAUAUUCUUACUGAUUUCGAACUCAUUUAUUAUCAGUUGCGUUCAUUUGCAUUACUCUUUAGUUUUGGUUUUUAUUUUAAAUUUGAUAUAAUUCAUCGUGAUUAGCUUAAAGGAAAGUCUGUCUCAAGCUAUACCAAUUUUAAUUGAAUAUUAUAAUCUAACAAAGUUAAUCGUAAACACUUCCAUUAUAUUCUGAAUUCUUCUUAACACUUAAGAGACUUAAUUAACAAAAACGAAUGAAAUGAAAACAAACAACAACAGCAAAAAAAGAAUCCAAUCGUAAUCCAAAGUGUACUCCUCUCGACUAUAUUAUUAUUAUAAAAGCGAUCAUGAAUUGAUUUAGAUUUAGACACAUCAAUUUUAAAAUGCUAGGACAUUUUUUGAUUGUUUUGUCAUUUUAAAUGUACUAUCUCAAUAUUUGUGAUACUAUAUUGUAAAUCAGCAAACACAAGAAAAUGAUGAUGUAAAGAUACAAAGAAAAUAUUUAAAAAAAACAGAUGAAUUGAUUUAACUUCUAAUCUGUGCGUAUGUAGUCGUUUGUGUUCAUUCAUCAAAAUAUGUAUAUGUAUACUCUAUACUCUUGUCCGGCUCCAAUCGCUCAUUUUGUCCAUUGAUUUGGGCACACUUUUUUUUAUUGUAUUGUAGCUUUUCAUUUUCAAGAUUGAAAAUUUACAAUUUGUAAUUUUCGUUUCUUUUUGAUUGAAAAUUUCACGACAAAAAUAAUGACAUGAACAAAUGUUAGAUAUUAGGAUAUAAAUAAGUGCUCAACUCCAGAUUUUGAUCUGAUUUUGUAGUUUUUACUAGUAAAAUGGUAUAUCACAGAUCAUUUAAACCCUUUUGACAUGUAGACAAAGGAUGUAUGUAUGAGAGCAAGAGAGAGAGAAAGUGAAGUGAAAAUGAAUGAAUCGCAAUUGACUGGAGUUUAUUCAACAAAGAAUAUAGAAUAACCAAUUUUUUGCUUUGUUGUAAUAUGAACCAAUUUAAGGCACUCACAUAUGUAGUAAUGAGAAAAUGAAGAUUUACGGCUCUCUCAGAAAAGUGGUACCUUUAUAUAAUUAAAUAAAAAAAAAAACAAUAUAUCCCUAUAAUUUGUAUAUGUAAAUAAUAGUUAAAAUAAAACUUGUUAAAUGGUCAGAAUCCAAUGUUUGCAUUCAAAAAUAAAAUAAAAAUAUCUAUGAAAAUGA